UACAAGAGAUAAAAGCUCAUUUUGGCAUACUGUCUCACAUCCUUAACCAAAGUAAAAACAAAGAAAAAAAUUGUGGUCGCCUGUCUCUUAAUCAACAAAAACCGACAACCAUGAAGCAAAAGGUAGUGAUCAAGGUUACUUCAUUGAAUGGACAAAAGUCCCGCUCCAAGGCGAUGAAGAUUGCAGUUGGGGUUUCCGGAGUUGAAUCAGCGGCUUUAAAGGGAGAUGACAAGACUCAGAUAGAGAUAACUGGAGACGGGAUGGACGCCGUUGCUCUUACGAAUUUGCUAAGAAAGAAAGUGGGGCAUGCAGAGCUUGUAAGCGUUGCUCCUGCGGGAGGUGGAGAUAACAAGGAAGAAAGCAAACCAACGGAAACUGGGCCAACAAUUCAGAGCCUGGAGGUUUUGCCUUAUCCCGGCGGUGUGCAUUACUACGUGUUUGCCGCUGAUCGACCCUAUGACCCCUAUUAUAAUAAUUCUUGCUCAAUCAUGUGAAAUAUAUGGAAAAGACAGAGAGAGGCAGAGUAUUAGAGAAGGUUUUGUGUGUAGUUGGUUAAUCGAAGGGAGGCAAUUGUUACUCAGCUGAGAUUGUGUUAUACAAAAGGGAUAGAGACUUUGUUUUGCGUUUGCAGCAGUAUCUAUGGCAGUGGGAUUUUGUUGUUGUCUAC